GUGGCAAUAGUGUAUUGAUUCUUGUUACCAAUCUAAAUGAAGACAUGUGAUUAGCUUCUAUCGCUCUCUCACUACUCAACUGUUUUAAAAGUUGCGAAAGGAGAAACACGGUAGGUUGUCAACAAGUGAGAUGCAUUGACUGUGACAAGGGCACAUGCGCUUAAAGUAGUUUUCUAUGAAUACAUGUUAUAUGUGUUAAUGAAGUAAGAUACAGGGGCAAUACAGAUUUUAAAUAAAUUGUGAAUUUUGUUGGUUAUGUGUGAAUACAAACGGUGGAUAUACUCUCAAGAUUAAAACAGCAACAUCAACAAGGAUUGGCUUACUAUGAGGAUUAUUCUAUAUUUUCUAUAAAUGGCAUAUCAGUGAUCAAAUCUUACAACCAUUCUUCUUUUUGGAAUUUAUACUUUACUGUUUAACAACUGACCAUCCAAUGGCUAAAAUGGCGAAAUACAUCAAUUAUAGUGUCAAUAUAACAGAUACAGUAGAAAGCAGUCUGUUGGUUACUAAACUCCCACCAAUUCCCAACAUGUGUCACUUUGAAAUACCACAAGAGAACUGGGAAAAGGAGGUGGAAUUUUAUUUGAAUGGUAUCUUUACUACAAUCGUUAUUACCCUCGGCCUUAUUGGAAACCUACUCACUGUUAUAGUACUAACAAGAAGGACAAUGCACACAUCGACUAACUUCUUCCUUACUGCCUUGGCUAUUUGGGACUCCAUAGUUCUUUUGUCCACUUUUGUUUUGAUCUGCCUGGGAACACUGUCAACUUACUUUAAGUCUGCAGCAUUUCCCUACAUUGUGAUAAUAGUUUACCCAAUUGCUUUAGCCGCUCAAACUUCCACAAUAUGGUUGACUGUAUCUUUCACAGUGGAACGUUACAUUGCUGUUUGUCAUCCUUUAAAAGCUGCCAGUAUGUGUACUAUUGCUCGUGCUCGUUUGGUCAUCAUUGGUAUAUCAGCCAUCAGUUUAAUUUACAACAUACCUCGUUGGUUUGAUUAUCAGAUCAUAGAUUAUAAAUACGGACCAACCAAUGAGACAUGUGUGAUCGUCGAUCAAACAGAAUUUGGAAAAAGCCCACUUUACCACAAGAUAUAUUUUGGCUGGUUGUACUUUUUGGUGAUGUGUGUCAUACCACUGUGUUCACUGGCUGUGUUGAACACUCUUCUCAUUAUAGCUGUUAAACAUUCUCAACAACAGAGGAUAGAUAUGAAUGUAAGACAGUCACGUGAGAACAAUGUCACCAUUAUGUUGGUCUCAGUUGUAAUCGUUUUUAUGAUGUGUCAAGUGCCAGCUCUCAUCUACAACAUGGCUUAUGCCAUUGACAUAGAAGCUACCAGAAGUAUGUUUGGAUGGAAAAUCCUUUCUUCUAUUCGGAACUUUCUUGUAACUUUUAACAGUGCCAUUAACUUCAUGUUGUAUUGUGCCCUUGGACAAAAAUUCCGUCGAACCUUUGUGCGAACAUUUUGCUCCUGCAUCUCAUAUCGUGAAAAAAAUAAUCUCCAUUCGUUCACACAUAACUAUCAAAUGGAUACCAUCAAAGUAAACGGAAAAGACUCAUCAAAAUAUAUGAAAAUGUUAUGUAAAAAGGGCAAACAUGUCAAAGAAGUAACUGAAAUGGAUUCAGGUGUAGUUACCCAUCUGACAGUUGUAUCAAGACUAAGUAGAGAAAGAUGUAAAACAAGAGUAAUAUGUGUGCCGUGUAUAUGAAAGACAAGAAGCUGAAAACCAUGCCAGGAUAUCAUUCAUAUCAUCCAGUAACAUAUCUGUAAUCCAUUAAUAGGAUAGUUUAUAAUAUAUGUGUCUAAAAGAGAAAUGUGAGAAGAAAACAUUUUUGUGGAUAUUCAUCAUAAAUAAAUAUUCCUAAGUAAUAGCUUUUGUGAUCGGGCUGUUCUUUCAGUAUAAUGGCAAAAUCUGGUACUUGCAGAAAUGGCAUGGAUCUAAGCAUCUAUAUUCUUCAAUCUCCAAUUCACAUAACAAAAACAAGAUGUACAAAUUCUCAAUGUACUGAUUUUAAUUGAGCAUUGUGUGUGGUGACAUAUUCUAUCCACUCAUCCCACUUUUAGGGAAAGUAAAAUGUUCUAUCGUAACUACCAAAAGAUCCAUUCAUACAGAAUAUUCAUUGAUAAAUAAAAUGUAGUCUAAUGUACCCUAAUUAAUGGUGCCUGCUGGUUACUGAGGUAUAUAAUCAUAUUUAUUAAGGUUAUUGUCAAUCAUGGAUUCUUCUUUUAAAAGUCCACUUCAGGAACACUCAAAUUUUCUAUGUAUGAGUUAUAUGAGGGAUAAAACUACAUCUCUGAGAUUAUUCUGGGAAUUGUAUAACCUUAGGGAAGAAAUCUUGUACAAAAGGAAGACAGUGGGGCCAUAGGUUGAAGUCUUUGUGUCAUGGAGGAUUUUGUCCCAAGGGUUUACUUUUUCCAACAUAAACGAGAAUGAGUAUUUAUCUUAUAUAUACAUGUAGAAUCUGUGACAAAAAAAGCACAAAUUGGACAUAUAUUUUCAGCUGUGAAAUUUAAAGAAUAAAUUCACAUGGACUUAUGUGUGGAAUAAAAUUGCAUAACAGGUAAUAAUGUGAUAGAAUAAGCAACCAAGUAAUAAGUUUAUAUUUUACAUAAACAUUUCAUUUAUGGUUACUGUGCAGAUAGAUUAUCAUUUAAAGAUCAAAAGAAACUGUUGACGUACGUUUAUAUACUAAAUUCCAAUGUUUCCCCUCGAAAACAUUGAUUGUUUGAUACACCUUGAAUUUCUGGGAGAAGGAUGCUUGAAAUACAACAAUCUUUAGACCAUAUUAUACAUUUAUUUACUCUUAAUAUUUAAUUUGUCCAAAAUUCUAAUGUAUUCUCAUAAUUCAAAAGAUCAUGUUAAAUUCCAGCAUUGCCUCACAGAUAUCAUUAGAGAUUCCUCACCAACCAAUUAAAAUCAGCCUUUUGGCCAAAUAAAUGAAAAGCCAAUUACUGAAGUACUAAAUCUCCAAGUAGUGGGGUCAUCAUACAGAAAAGUAGCCAUGCACGGUAUCUAAUAAAACAUCACAGCAGAUUAAACAGAAAAGGGGGCAUAACUGCUCAAUGCUUCACACAAUUUUUUAAAAAAUCUGUUAAAAACUGUAUGCUCUAUCAUGUUCACAAGGUUUUUGGAAAAGAGUUCAACCUCUCAUGACCCCUAUGCUUCACACCAAAUUUUUAAAAAUAUCUGUUAAAAACUAGUGUCUCUUACAAUGGUAUUCACAAUGUUUUCAGAAAGCGGUGCGUCCUCUGAUGACCCCAAUGCUGCACAACAAAUUUGAAAUGAAUUUGUUAAAAACUGUAGCCUCUAGAGCAUCUACAAUAUUUUUCAAAGUGGAUCAAGGGCCAUAACUCUGGCAGUAAUUAUCGUAAAUCAGUGAAAAUCAAUAGGCUUCUUAGUCUCAUGACCUUAAACACUGUGUAUAAAUUUAACAUGAAUCGGAUAUUAACUUCAGCCUAUAGAGCAUCCACAAGAUAUCUCAAAGAGAUCAAGGGCCAUAACUCUGGCAGUAAUUAUCGGAAAUUGGUAAAAAUCAAUAGGCUUCUUCGUCUUAUGACCUUAAAUACUGUGUAUAAAUUUAAUAUCAAUCGGAUAUUAACUUAAGCAUUUAGACGGACGGACAGGGGGUGGGGGGGGAACAACAAUAUAUGACCAUAUUUCAAUGUGGGCAUAUAAAAAGUAUAUUUGUAUAAUAUAUCAAGCUUCAAAGAGCUAGAAAGAAUCUGUUUGGCUGGGAAUGCUCAGGGUUUUGUUCUUUUUGUAUAUCUCAUUGUCACAAACUGUUUAAAUGUAACAAAUUGCACUGUUUGGUUUACUUAGCAGGGGUUUAUAUUGUGAAAAAUAGCAAGCAAAAGGUCAAAAAAUUCAUUCCAUCGGCAACAUACUCAUUUGCCCCCCUACUCCUUACACAAUUCCUGUAUCCGCCCCCGCCCCCAUCCCCUGCAAUGUGAAAGUUUCAGAAAAAUCUGAUGAAAAAAACUCUAGCCUCUUGCAUGUGCUGACUAGCAUUACAUGCAGUUUGAACAAGUUUCGACCCAAAAAAGGCAUAACUCUAAGUCAUUUAAUCAGAUUUUGACAUACUGAAAUUGGGACUGCUUGACUAGUCAUCAUACAACUUUCCUAAAAGUUUCAGAAAAUUCUGAUAUAAACUGUAGCCUUUAUUGCACGGACAAGAACUGCAAACAGUUGGUCAAGAAAGGGUCUAAAAACAUUAAUUUGAUUUCGCCGAAAUGAAAAUAGGGAUCCUUGUGUUGUCAUAAUACAAGUUUCCUAACAGUUUCAGAAAAAUCUGAUUAAAACUCUAUUCAGUCAAAGGACUAACUAUAUAGAAAUCAGCCAGAUUUCUUCCCGUUGUAUUGUGUUGACAAGAAAAGUGAGGAUGGACCAACAGAAGAGAAUAAUUGAUGACCUCAUGCUGAAGGGUACAGAACUGCAAAAACAUAUUGCCUUAUGAUAUAAUUAAUCAUAGCAUGACAUUAAUCUAAUUAAUAGUACUAACAAUAUGUUCUUGCCUUAAUUGCAUAUUUAUACAGUACAUGUAUAUACCUAGCUAAGGAUCAUAAAAGAUAUUGUAUUAAAUAAGAAUGUGAUAAAAUCUUAUUGUGCUGUUGUAUAAU